UGGCGCUGGUGAACAGGGAGGUGCCGUGGCUGCUAGAGUUUCCCCUACAGUCAUGGAUCUCCUCCAGGCUAUUGAUGUUCUGUGUUAGCCCCAUUUGUCAGGUUCGGCGCCUCCUUCAGAGUACGCUGGCGGAGAGAACACCAUCAGUAGCCCUCCUCUACCCACGGUACCAACUUAUGAGCGACACCUUGGUCUUCAGCGUCUUGACAUGGCUACCAUAUUCCCCUGACCAGAAGCUGGAGAGGCUGGGGGUGUGGGACCCUCGGGUCUUCACGUCCUUGUCAGAAUUGUUCCAGAACCGCUUCCAGUCCCUGGGAGGGAAGACAGUCCGUGUUUCCAGCGAUGACGACGACGCUCCUCUCCUUUUCCUCGACAAGAAUAAUGAGUUCCAGGGAACGUGUAAGACAAUCCUGGACGUUCUCUCAGACUGGCUCAACUUCACGUACACACUAACGAACGGAGCCCCAGACUACAAGUGGGGGUCGGAGGAGCGCGGGGCGUGGGUGGGUCUGCUGGGAGAGGUGUACAAGGGCAAGAAGGACCUUGCCAUCAACUACUUUACCAUCACCUACGAGAGGUGGCACUACUUCGACACCUCCGUCUCUUAUCUCACUCAGGGGUUCGGGUUUGCCAUAGCGAAACCCGCACCGUCACCCGCCUGGCACAGCCUAGUGUACCCGUUCUCCUGGCGGGUGUGGGCUGCCGUGGGCGGGGUCCUCCUGGCCACCUGCUCUGCCUUCUGCAUCAUCUUUUACCUGCAGCCACACAGCAACGUCGGCAGCCUACCCUAUGCUCCGGCGUACAUCUUGAAGGGGCUGGUCAACCAGUCUGUGAACAAGGUACCCAGCGAGUGGUCACUGCGGGUGUUCCUGGGCGCGUGGUGGGUGGCUGUGUACGUCAUCGUCAGCGCCUUCACCGGGAACCUGAUGGCCGUGCUGACCGUGCCGCUGUAUCCCAGGUGGAUACACACGGUGGACGACCUGGCCAACAGCGACUACAGGUUGUGCAUGGUGGACUACGGAGAGUUCGUGCCCCGCGCGCUGGUGGUGUCGUCUGACGCGGCCCUCCGGACACUGGCCAGCAGGCUCGACAAGGUCCCCGUCACCGAGGACGGUCAUGGCGGCCAAGAAGCUUGUGUCCAUCUUGUUCUCACUAACACAAACGCCCACAUAGAAUCUUACGAUUAUAUGAAGCUUGUCUACUCCGCUCUGGACCUGCGUGAUAAGAUAUAUUUCAUGAAGGAACAGAUAUUUGAAAGCAAUCUGGCUUUCAUCUUCCGGAAACACACACCUUGGAUCCUGACCUUCAAUAAGGGCCUUCGGAGGCUAGUAGAAUCUGGUCUCAUUCAGAAGUGGCACACUGACAUAUUACAGAAAUAUUACAAGACAAAAGCUGAGAGUGAAGAGGGAUCCUCGCCACGACCCUUGGCGCUGGCUCACCUCUACGGUGCCUUCUUCACCCUUGGUCUGGGUGUGGUGUUGGCGGUGUUGGUGUUGAUCCUUGAGUGUAAGCUUGGUAUUGGUGUUGCUCCUCGAGUGUAAGUUUGGUGUGGGUGUUGCUCCUCGAGUGUAAGUUUGGUGUGGGUGCUGCUCCUCGAGCGUAAGUUUGGUGUUGCUCCUCGAGUGUAAGCUUAGUGUAGGUAUGCAGUGCUAUAAUGUGACGCACAUAUUAUGUACUGGUAAAGGGGUCCUGAAGAUAUAUUCGUCAGGUGACUGAAGCACAUACUGACUCCUGCCUGUCAUUUACUAUCGCACUAUUGUGAAGCUGUUCACACCACUCAACCACCUAUCACUUGCUGUUAUAAUGUGAUAAUAGA